CAUCAAGGCAUCCAAGUAGUAGCAGGAAAGCGCGCCGGAAGCACCGAAACCUACAAGGCCCGACCGCUGAGGCCGAUGGGAUAUGUAGUUUAUGAAAGCUACAGUAACUUUGUUUGCUCACCACCCCUAUGUUUCCCAAAUUGUAGUGGUCUUAACUCCCUACAGACAGAGCUUGCUUAGGACAUUAUCUGGAAGCUCAGGUUUGGGUUGCAUUUACACGCGAAAGGAUAAAUCUAGAACCAGGAUUUCGGUCCCAGGAAGCUCUGCGGCGGAUUGGCCGCCCAGUUCGGCAUGCCCUGCAGUUGGGCGCGGGGCUUCCUGGGAGCUGUAGUCCCCGGGUUGCGUUACGGCGUUGGCGGAGGGGAGGGCGGAGCUGCCGGCGGCCCGGGCGGGCGGGCAGCUAGAGAGGGUGCGAUCGCCGCUGCCGCCGCUACCACCACCGACACCACCGCAGCCGCCGCCGCCGCCAGCUCUGGGGCCGUUCGCCGCUGCGGGGAGCGAGAGGCGGAGGCGGGGCCGGUGUCGCGAUGGAGCCCGACUCGGUGAUCGAAGACAAGACCAUCGAGCUCAUGUUACCGAAGUGCAUGUUUGGGAUUUUGUUGAAGAAAACUGGAUACAGUAAAGCAGAAGGAAUCUUGGAAGAUGAUUGACUGCUGUCUUUUCUCAGACUAGUCUGAAAGGGAAUAUCCCCCACCCAUUCAUUCUGGAUUGGUGGAUCUGAAGUACAAACUAUUUUCCAGAACACAUCAGUUAUGGAGGAUCAGAAUGAAGAUGAGUCCCCAAAGAAAAAUACACUAUGGCAGAUAAGUAAUGGAACAUCAUCUGUGAUAGUAUCCAGGAAGCGACCAUCUGAAGGAAAUUACCAAAAAGAAAAGGACUUGUGUAUUAAGUAUUUUGACCAGUGGUCUGAAUCAGAUCAGGUUGAAUUUGUGGAGCAUCUGAUUUCACGAAUGUGUCAUUAUCAGCAUGGACAUAUUAACUCUUACCUGAAGCCCAUGUUGCAGCGGGACUUCAUCACUGCUUUACCAGAGCAAGGCUUAGAUCACAUAGCAGAAAACAUCCUUUCUUACCUGGAUGCUAGAUCUCUGUGUGCAGCAGAAUUGGUAUGUAAAGAAUGGCAGCGUGUGAUCUCUGAAGGAAUGCUUUGGAAGAAAUUGAUUGAAAGGAUGGUACGGACUGAUCCACUUUGGAAAGGCCUUUCAGAAAGAAGAGCAUGGGAUCAGUACCUGUUUAAAAAUAGACCCACAGAUGGUCCUCCCAAUUCAUUUUAUAGGUCACUGUACCCAAAGAUUAUCCAGGAUAUAGAGACUAUAGAAUCUAAUUGGAGGUGCGGAAGGCAUAACUUGCAGAGAAUUCAGUGCCGCUCUGAAAAUAGUAAAGGUGUCUACUGUUUACAGUAUGAUGAUGAAAAGAUCAUCAGUGGCUUACGGGAUAACUCUAUUAAGAUUUGGGAUAAAACCAGUUUGGAAUGUUUGAAAAUAUUAACAGGACACACAGGUUCAGUCCUUUGUCUGCAGUAUGAUGAGAGGGUUAUUGUGACUGGCUCCUCAGACUCCACAGUGAGAGUUUGGGAUGUGAACACAGGAGAAGUUUUGAAUACAUUGAUCCACCACAAUGAGGCAGUCCUUCACCUGCGUUUUAGCAAUGGCUUAAUGGUGACUUGUUCAAAGGAUAGGUCCAUUGCUGUGUGGGACAUGGCAUCACCCACUGACAUCACGCUUCGACGUGUAUUGGUUGGCCAUCGAGCAGCUGUUAACGUGGUUGACUUUGAUGACAAGUAUAUUGUCUCUGCUUCUGGUGACAGGACCAUUAAAGUCUGGAGCACAAGUACCUGUGAAUUCGUUCGUACUCUGAAUGGGCACAAGCGUGGCAUUGCCUGCCUUCAGUAUAGGGAUCGACUUGUUGUGAGUGGAUCCUCAGACAAUACCAUAAGGCUAUGGGAUAUUGAGUGCGGUGCCUGUUUAAGGGUUUUAGAAGGACAUGAAGAAUUAGUCCGCUGCAUCAGAUUUGAUAACAAGAGGAUUGUGAGCGGAGCCUAUGAUGGAAAAAUUAAGGUUUGGGAUUUGCAAGCUGCUCUUGACCCCCGGGCACCAGCAAGCACAUUAUGUUUGCGUACCUUAGUGGAACAUUCUGGACGAGUGUUUCGAUUGCAGUUUGACGAAUUUCAGAUCAUCAGUAGCUCCCAUGAUGACACUAUUCUGAUUUGGGAUUUCCUAAAUGUGCCCCCCAGUGCCCAGAAUGAGACUCGUUCUCCCUCUAGAACAUACACUUACAUCUCCAGAUAACAGUCUGCACUUUUACCCACAUCAGGGUUCCAUAGUCUUGAACUACUGGCUACACAGCUCUCACAUGCCCACAGGUGUUCAUUCACAGCUGAGUAUGAAGUUGGAAUUGGUUCUAGAUGCUGUGUAGAUGCAAAGCAGCACAACUCUAAAUUCUCAUUUUUCUUGCGAUCUCUGACUCCUGACUGUUUACUUGGAGGCCUUUAUGAUGGUCACAUCAACUUCAAGUAGAUAAGAAAAAGCCUGUCCUUCCCUGCCAUGAAAAAACCUAAUGCUUCAACUGUAAAUUUUUCAUAUAAACUGAAUUUACAAUCUGUUUUACAGAAGUAAAUGAAAAAUUCAAGAAAAGACUUGGCCUAAUUUAUAUUGCUUUGCACUUUGGUCUGACUUUAAAGAACAACAUCAUAUUCUCCGAUGAAAUUUGGGUGCCAAACACAUGCCCAGAAUGUACAUUGUUCCUUUCAGAAGCCGGCAUCCUCCUUUUGACUGUACGAGCUAUCCUCCAUUGAGAACUUGUUUUAUAAGGAGUGUGUUGGACUUUGGAAACAUUUCUGGAUUGUUUAAUAAUAUUUUUGGAUUUUACUUUAUUUCUGCCCCACUUAUUUCUUUUAAUUUAAAGAAUUGUAAACCAGAUAUUAUCUGCCAAUUGGUAACAUGGCACUGGCUUUUCUUUUAUUAAUGGCCCUCUCCUUCUUUCCUCUGUUUUACUGAUAUUUGAUAUAGUCCUACCUUUCCAUGAGUGCUUGCCUCUUAAUUUAAAAUACUGUAUCAGCAUGUAGAUAGAAUGUACAUAACAGUUUAACCUCAAGGUGUGUGGAGUGAGGGCCUCCUGAUCCCGAGACACUAAUGCAGACUGUAUUAGCACUUAGCCACGGGAUAUUCUCAAUGAUUGGCACCCAGGGGCUCAUGUGGAUUAUCCAGAAUCCUCCGUGCAGUAUUCAUAAGAUUUUUUUUUAUGGGAACUAUGUUUUAAAAAUGUAAUUUCUAAGCUUAAAAAAAUUAAAAACGUUUUGUUUCUGUUCUGCAGUAUGUAUAAUAGACAUACCUUUUAAAAUAUUUUUUUGUUUUGUUUUCUUAAUGGUAUUCUGAAGUACUUACAGGUUAGCUUUUUUUGGUAGCAUUUACUUGGCUCCACAAUUGAACAAUGUCCUGAGUCAAAAUUUAAAUGUAUUAAUAUUAAUUUUAUUUUAUCUGAAUUGAAGUAGUAGAGGAGACUCUGUUGCUCCCAUGUCUCCAUCUGGGUCUAGACUCCAUCUAGUUUUCAGGCCCUUGUCCCAGGCCAGUGCUUGGUGAGCGUGUUGGUAUAUGUGCUUCCUCUGUAGCUUUUGUUAUCGGACAUCUCCUUGGACAGAAGGCCUCUUUGGGGGCCUCCAGCUUAGGUUACGAGGCUUCCUUGUCUUACAUUUGCAUUCUCAUGUAUUUUGUGGCAUGCUUCUGUGGGAAAGGAUUACUCACAAAUGUCAUUUCUCUUGAUUUGCUUCGUGUGACAUGUGGUUUUCAACAAAUGAUUUUGUUUUGUUACCCUUAGCUUCCAAAUGCACUAAAAUUCAAGUAGGUGUGAAUGCCAUUGUCACAUUGACUGUCUGUGGAGAUCAUAUCGGCACUGGGGUGUCGGCUGGCAAUCUUUUUUUCUCCAUGUACAAUGUUAUGUUUUAUUUAUCCUUUGACAUUUGUUUUAAUCCAGGAAUGUCCAUGGUAUUUAAAGGACCAAUAAAUUAAUAUUAAAAUGCAGUGAACAAGCAUGCUAGCAGUGGUAUCCUCUUGUGGAUCAAACCUCUUUCCAGCGAAAGCACACACAGAUACUACCAAAGGGCAGAUUGCUUUGCUAUAUUUUAUCUUUUGCAUCGAGAAAAGUGUUGGGAUCAAUGUGUAGUUUUCUUAUUUUUUUUCCUUCAGUUAAAAUUUCCUCCUAUAUGUUACAAUUGAUUUCUUUCUUUGAGCUGUUAAAACCUCAAAGUACAGAAAUAAGGUCACAGUUUUGUAAGCUUGACAGUAGUUUGUGAAAGUGGCUUACUUUUAACCCUUUUCAUCUUAUAGCUUUAAUAUUAAACUGGCUAAGAAAAGAUGCUUUUGCAGCCCAGAAGAAAAUGGCAAAUUGUUUCUCAGAGAGCAGUGUCCUUUUUUAUGCAUGUGUACAAUGGAAAUUCCUCAUUUUCCUUGGGAGAUCAUGGUGUUUGAACAUGCACACAACUUUUGGAUUGUGCUUAUUAAACCACAGCAGUGGACUUUAUCUUUGGCACCCAAGGAAUCUGACUUCGGGGAUUCACAGUAGCAAUUCCUGGCUGCACUCUGGAUUUUGGUUUUGCUGACCAUAAUUGAGCAAUUGUACAUUUCUGCUAUAUUAAUGUUUUAAAGCACUGGGAUAGUCUACUUCUAACUUGUAAUUAAUUAUGUUUGCCAAUUAUCUGUUUGAAAUAAGUUUGUGUCUGAACAGCUUAUUGAAACUGUUAAAUUGUACAGAUAUUGUUCAUGACCUAAAGCUUUGUACUGUGGAAUGUGCUUAAUAAAAAAAAGUUUGACCUUUGUCCAGAAAAUUGCUAACUAAUAUCCAAAAAAGUAUUGGCAUUUUGCAUUACAUCUAAUUUGGCUUCGUGCAUUUGUUACUUCAGAUACUAAUUUGAAGCUAAUAAUCUUAAAAUAAAACAUUCCUAAUCUA